GAGAGAUGGCGAAAGAGGUGAAGCUUCUUGGCUUCUGGGCAAGCGCUUAUGUUGUGAGGGUGCAAAUCGCGCUGAACUUCAAGGGGAUAGAGUACGAUUACGUAGAAGAAGACCUGAAGAAGAAGAGCGAGCUCCUGCUGCAGAGCAACCCUGUGUACAGGCAGGUGCCCGUCCUCGUCCAUGCCGGGAAGCCGAUACCGGAGUCGAUGGUGAUCCUGGAAUACAUUGAGGAAGCGUGGCCGGAGAAGCCGCUUCUACCUCAAGAUCCCUACCAACGAGCCAUGGCUCGCUUCUGGGCCAGAUUCGCGGAAGAGAAGUGUUUGCCAUCAGGUGUCAAAUACUUCACCACUAAAGGUGAAGAUCAACUAAAAGCCAAAGAAGAACUUGUUGAGAAUCUUAAGAUCUUAGAAGGUGCACUGCAAGGUAAGAAAUUCUUCGCAGGGGAAACAGCAGGAAUGGUCGACAUAGUCGCCGGCUGGCUGCCGUUCUGGAUCCGAAGAAUGGAAGGGCUCUUUGGUGACAAAGUGGUUGAAGAAGACAAUCUCCCACACCUCAAUGCUUGGUUCCAGGACUACCUCAGCCUUCCUUUUGUUAGAGAGAAGCUGCCCCCUCCUGAAAAAGUGUGUGCGGAUCUAAGGGGCUUGCUUGCAUCACUGGAACCUAAUUAAUGGUCAUCUUUCCUCGUCACUUGCUAGUUGUUUGUUCUGUAUUCAAUAUGGUAUCGUUCCUGUUUUAUGUCAAGUCAUGUAUGAGUAAAGAAGAGAAUAAAAGGGAUGGUGUCUAUUC